AUGAUGGCAAUCCCAAAUUCAUGGCUCGCAGGGUGCGGAUUUUUGACGACAUCAGUACCUCGUUCUAGUCUUUUUCUACGGAGGGCGAAAGAGCCUGCAGGAUCGAAUGAGGGAAGCCCUGUGCGCAAGGAAACGUUACGGCCCCCUAAGGAGAGCGUUAAGGCGGAAGAAAAUAAGGAGCGUGCGUUUUGGCCAGCACCGCCCUCAUUUUCCACUCACGACGCGGCGAGUGCUUUCUCAAUUUCUGUGGGUUUCAAUCAAGAGAGUCUCUCCGUCAACAAUCCAGUAUGUGACGUGCUACCCGCACGGGCGGAGGUGAAUCCAACAUUAGAAACCAAAACGGAUGACUGGCAAGGUGACCCGCCGAGAGGCCGUGAGAAUGCGCGGGAUGACGAUGGUGUGCUGAGGAUGUGCAGGACGAUAAAGAAACGCUUGGAGAAUCUGUGGGAAUUUGGACGGGAUACGAAUACACGUGUUCUUGCGAUACUUUUCUCUGCAGCUUCGGCCUUUGUAUUGACUGUUGUAGGGGCGCCGCUCUCUCAGGUAGAUGUGGUGGGUGGUGCUUGCUACACGUACUGGGGCUACAAGGAGGACUGCGACAGCCCCAUUUACACCAAUCGCACCUCCUUAAUCACCUGCGAGCCUGUCCGGAAAAGACUCCAGGUGGGAGCUGCCUUGAGUUUAAUGACGAUUAUUGUUCUCUUUGCAGUGGUGUGCUGUGGCCUGCUUCUGCGUCAGGAUUUGUCGAAGCUGCGCCUGUUUGUUCUCUUACUGUUGUUCAUCGCUUUCGUGUUUCAGAUGAUUUCGUGGGCUGCAGUAACCAGUAUAUUCGAGAGUCGGUACUGCGAGGACGCACGGCUGCCACGGAGAACGGCGUACGGCGUUGCCUUUGGCAUGACUUUGACCUCGUGGUUUUUUAUCAUUGGUGGGGGCCUUGCUUGUGCCUUGCUGCAUGUUUAUUAA